UGUGUGUCUGUAGGCUGAUAGUAGUCUUCUGUAUGUCACAGCGUUCAUAAAUCUCUCUCCAGCCAAUGAGGAGGCUGCAGUUAAUCCCAGCUCGGUAAAAAGCCGGUGAGAGUUCGGAGGCGGAGAUAAUCUGAAUCCAGAGUCCGAGCAGACGGAGACGCAGGAGGCUGAAGGUUCUGGAGACAGAACUUUAACAUCACUUUGACGCUUUUUGGAGCUCUUUGAAACAUUUCUUUGACGCAGUUUGUGGGUUUUUUUUUAAACUCCUCUCUCGUCCUGAUAACAUCACCCGUGUCAUCUCCCGGAGGAUUGCCGCUGCUGCUCCUCUUCUUAUAACCCGCACUGGACAUCCCGUUAGGUCCGGUCGUCAUGUCCUCCGGUGAUGCGUCGGAGCAGAGUCGGCGGGUCAGCGUGCUGUCUUGGGAUCAGGUGCAGCGUUUGGACUCCAUCCUGGGCGAGAGCGUCCCGAUCCACGGCCGUGGAAACUUCCCCACUCUGUCCGUGCAGCCCCGGCAGAUCGUGCAGGUGGUCAGGGCUCGACUGGAGGAGCGGGGUGUGGUGGUACGUGACGUCAAGCUGAACGGCUCAGCGGCCAGCCAUGUGUUGCACCAAGACAACGGCCUUGGCUACAAAGACCUGGACUUGAUCUUCGGCCUCAGUCAGACUGAUGACAAAACCUUCCGUCUGGUGAAGGAUGUGGUGCUGGACUGCUUGGUGGACUUCUUGCCUGAAGGGGUGUGCAGGGAACGGAUCACAGCCCUCGCCCUGAAGGAAGCGUACGUGCAGAAACUGGUGAAAGUUUGUAAUGACACGGACCGCUGGAGCCUCAUCUCCCUGUCCAACAACACAGGGAAGAACGUGGAACUAAAGUUUGUGGACUCCCUGAGGAGGCAGUUUGAGUUCAGUGUUGAUUCCUUCCAGAUAACCCUCGACUCAUUGCUCCUCUUUGACCGCUGCUCGGAGACGGCCAUGUCCGAGACCUUCCACCCUACAGUUCAGGGGGAGAGCAUGUACGGAGACUUUGAGGAAGCUCUGGGUCAUCUUCGUACCAGGACUAUUGCCACCCGCAGCCCAGAAGAGAUCCGGGGCGGCGGGCUGCUCAAGUACUGUCACCUGCUGGUGCGAGGCUUCGGCCCGUGCGCUGAGGCUCAGAUGAAACAGAUGCAGCGCUACAUGUGCUCACGCUUCUUCAUUGACUUCCCUGACAUCGGCGAGCAGCAAAGGAAACUGGAGGGGUAUCUGCAGAACCACUUUGCUGGCAUGGAGCACAAACGCUAUGACUACCUGAUUACACUGAGGAGAGUGGUGGACGAGAGCACUGUGUGCCUAAUGGGCCACGAGCGCAGACAGACCCUGGCACUUAUUUCUGCUCUGGCACUGCGUGUUAUGGCUGAGCAGCACGCUAUCCCAGCGCUGGCCAACAUCACCUGCUACUACCAGCCUGCUCCCUACGUCAGAGACGUCAACUUCAGCAAUUACUAUGUGGCACAAGUUCAGUCACCAAUGGCUGCAUGCAGUAACACUUAUCAAACAUGGCUGCCUUGCAGUUGAGCGUUGACUGUAAGGACUUCUGGAGAGCUCUCCAGUCUAAUCUUACAUUAAUGUACGCUGAGCUCUCAUUGGAGGGCUCAGUAUCUCUGUAGCAACGGGGCUUUUUGGUUUGAGGCCCGACACGGACAAGGAGCCAAUUAUGCCAAAUCUAUAUCAAAAUCAUUCCACUAAGUUAUAUUGAUAAAUACUGCUGUAAAAAAAAACAAAAAAAAAAAAUUCGAGCCAUUAUAUCUUUUUACUCUUUGUUUCAUAACCAAUGUGGACGUGUGUGGAGAAACAUGAAGGGUUGAUUUGUGACAGAGGAACAUUGGAGGCUUGUUUUGGGUCUUUAUGUAAAUAACUUUGUACAAAGCCAGAACGCUGUUUCUGUUCUGUCUGUGGUUACAGCUGACCUGCCUAGGAGGAGGGAAAAGGACCAAAGAAGUACUUUCUUGUGUAGCAUGACAAACAAAGACUGUAUGUGGUUCCAAGUGCCUGAAACUGACCAAUUUCUUUAUAGUAGGAACUGUUUAAGAGUUUUUUUUGAAGCUUUUUCAUCAAUGAUACUGUACAUUUCUAUAUCAAGGGUCAGGGUUCACAUGUUUUCAAAUCAUUAAAGAAGUAAAAAAAUAACA